UUGAAAAACCUGUUAUCACGAAAACUCAGGUCAUUGCAUUUCUAUCUGUUUAUGUUCCCCCAUUCGCAAUGGCAUUGUGAUUAACCCUAUGAAGAGUACAUCAAAUAAUGAUAAUCAGAUUGAGAGCGUAUUCAGGACAAAAUCAUUGACGAAAAAUGGGAAAUGUGUUUCGGUGUUAUCAGGUGUCAUGCUACAGCAGAUCAGUACGAAAAUAUUUUCUGUGAAGAUGGAUCUGGCACUUCCGGUGUCUAGGAUUUGGCUCCUUGUCCUGAUAUCAUCUCUUCAGAGAUUGGAAAAAACGGGGGCAUUAGAUAGUCCUCUUCUAGGAUCUGCACACUUGGGGAAUGAUAGCUACAAAUAUCAUGAAGAUGCCCAUCUCAGUGCUCGAGAGCUUAUAUCGAAAUAUGGAUAUCGGGGUGAGACUCAUAAAGUUACGACCAACGAUGGGUACAUCUUGGAAAUGCAUCGGAUCACUGGCCCAAAAUCCAAUCCCAAGGCAGAGGGUAAACCGGUAAUUUUUGUAAUGCAUGGAUUAUUAUGCAGCUCAGUCGAUUGGAUAAUCUCUGGACCAAAGAAGGGAUUGGGAUUUAUGUUGGCGGAUGCGGGAUACGACGUGUGGCUUGGAAAUGCUCGUGGAAAUACUUAUUCUCGGGGUCACAAGAAAUAUUCAACGAUUGAUAAACAAUAUUGGAUGUUCAGUUGGCAUGAGCAGGGAACUGAGGAUCUACCCGCAAUGAUAGAUUACAUUACUCGAAAUACCGGUAAUGAGAGGAUUUUUUAUGCGGCACACAGUCAGGGGACUACAGCGUACUUUGUCAUGGCGUCUGAAAAGCCCAAGUACAAUGAUAAAAUCAUUGCAAUGUUCGGUAUGGCACCUGUGGCUUACCUCGAGCACAUGAGGAGCCCUUUCCUUCAAGUUCUAACGAGAAUUGAUAAAGUUGUAACUAAUGUGAUGGAAGUUCUUGGCUGGUAUGAAUUUAAACCGAUAGACGGUUUAAUAAAAAAAGUGGCAACAAUUGCAUGUCAGGAAGAAAAUUGGACUCAAGAUAUUUGUCUGAACGUAAUGUUCCUGAUUGCUGGAUUUGGAAGCGAUCAAAUGAAUAGGACAUUACUCCCGGCAAUUUUGGGUCAUACACCAGCGGGUUCUUCCAGUCGUCAAUUAAUUCAUUACAGUCAGCUCUUCAAGUCCAAUAAAUUCCGGAAAUACGAUCACGGAGCUCUCCGAAAUUACAUCAUCUACAAGAGGAUGACUCCCCCGUCGUACGAUCUCUCGAAAGUUACAACCCCAGUGAUUAUUUCUUAUGGUCUCAACGACUGGCUUGCACACCCUAAGGAUGUGCGGCGACUCACAGCGCAAUUACCUAAUGUCUACGCAGAGCUGAAAGUACCUAAUCCUAAUUUCGGACACUUGGAUCAUCUCUGGGGUAUAGAUGCACCCCGAUAUGUCUAUUCAAAGCUAAUAGCUCUUUUAAACCAUUUCCGAAGUUGAAGAUAAUUAAAUUUAUUCUAUUAAAAUUGAUUAAUGAAAAUAAAAUAAGUGAA